UAUGAGAAAUAGUACGGAAACGCAACCGAAAGACCGGACAGCGACAUGAGGGGUAGAGCUGGGAGUGGGACUUAAGGUUUUCAGACAGUUUGGGGCUCCCACAGUAAAGGUCCAGAAAAACAUAUGGUACUAAUGGUUGCUGAAGACAGGCAGUGAGGACACUGUUGAGCAUGGCUGGGUGUUUUUGAAACCCAGGAAGACUGGAAAAUGUGUGAGAUGAUGGGAUGGGGCUGUGCUGGAGGGGCUCUUUCUGAGGCCCCAUCCCCUUCCAGCAGGAAUUACGAAAUCCCCAACACUUUCUCCCUCCAGGGGAUUUGAUCCCCCAUGGCCACCACUAACAGCAUCAUCGUGCUGGAUGAUGAUGAUGAAGACGAAGCAGCUGCUCAGCCAGGGCCCUCCCACCCACCCCCGAAUCUGGCCUCACCCGAGGCAGAAGCCCCUGGCUCCUCCCAGCCCCAUGUGGCCAGAAGAAGCAGUAGUUCGGGUGGCAAGAAAUGCUACAGGUUGGAGAAUGAGAAGCUGUUUAAAGAGUUCCUUGAACUGUGUAAGACGCAGACAGUGGACCACCUGGAGGUGAUCCCUUUCCUCUAUAACCAGCAGCAGCGUGCCCACUCUCUGCUUCUGGCCUCAGCGGAGUUCUGCAACAUCCUCUCUCAGGUCCUCUCUCGGGCUCAGAGCCGACCAGCUAAGCUUUAUGUCUACAUUAAUGAGCUCUGCACUGUCCUCAAGGCCCACUCAGCCAAGAAGCAGCUGAAUCUGGCCCCUGCUGCCGCCACCUCUAGUGGGCCCUCUGGGAAUAACCCUCCCACAGACUCCUCGGACCCCACAAAUGCUGAGACCACUGCCUCUGAGGCCCCAAGGACCCGUGCUUCCCGGCGGCAGAUCCAGCGCUUGGAGCAGCUGCUAGCACUCUAUGUAGCGGAGAUCCGGCGGAUGCAGGAAAAGGAGCUGGAUCUCUCAGAACUGGACGACCCAGACUCCACUUACCUGCAGGAGGCAAGGUUGAAGCGUAAGCUGAUCCGCCUCUUUGGGCGGCUGUGUGAGCUGAAAGACUGCUCUUCACUGCCAGGUUGGGUCGUAGAGCAGCGCAUCCCCUACCGUGGUACCUGCUACCCAGAGGUGAACAGGCACACUGAGCAGCUCAUCAACAAACCAGGGCUUGACACCUUCCCUGACCAUGGAGAUGUGCUGCGGGCCGUAGAGAAGGCAUCUGCUCGGCACAGUCCUGGCCUCCCCUGACAGCAGCUUCAGCUGAUGGCUCAGGAUGCCUUCCGAGAUGUGGGCAUCAGGUUACAGGAGCGUUGCCACCUUGAUCUCAUCUACAACUUUGGCUGUCACCUCACAGAUGACUACAGGCCAGACAUUGAUCCCACACUGUCAGAUCCUGUCCUCGCCCAGCACCUGCGGGAGAACCGGAGCUUGGCUAUGAGCCGUCUGGAUGAGGUCAUCUCUAAAUAUGCAAUGAAGCAAGACCAGAGUGAGGAGGGCGAGAGACAGAAGAGAAGAGCCCAGCUCCCCCAAGCCACCUCUUCCCGCUCUGUAGAUCCCCCCAAAGCCUCCUUGGAUUCUGGUGAGGGCCCUAGUGGGAUGGCAUCCCAGGAAUGCCCUACCACCUCCAAGGCUGAGAAAGAUGAUGAAGAAAAUGAGGAAAGUGAGGAGGAGGAGGAAGCAGGUAAGGAUGGAGAUAAGAGCCCCAUGUCCCCGCUACAGAUCUCCACUGAAAAGAACCUGGAACCUAGCAAAGGGAUCAGUAGGUCUUCAGGGGAGCAGCAAAACAAAAGACUUGCAGUGUCACCAUCUUCACUGUCGGAAGAGCCCCCAGCCCUCUCCAGCACAGAUGCUGAAAGCAGUGGAGAACACCUCGAGGAGUUGCCCCUGGAGGAAGAGAGCCCUAUGUCUCAGCUCUUCGAGCUACAGAUUGAAGCCUUGCUCCUGGAUACUACCCCUUCUCCUGAGAAGAGGGAUGCUUCCUCUUCCAGGAAGCAAUCAGAGGAACCCCUCACCACUGUUUUGGAGAAUGGAGCAGCCAUGGUCACCUCCACUUCCUUCAACGGAGGUGUCUCUCCUCACACCUGGCGAGAUGCCGGUCCUCCCCACAAGAAAUCUCGGAUGGAGAAGCAAACAGAAGCAGGGCCAUUAAGAAAUAGCCAUGUGGAAAGGCAAAGGGCAUUGCGUGGGAAGAAUGGGAAGGAGACAUGUAUGCUGCCCAGCCCACCUUCCCCCUUGGCUUCCAGGGCUCCCGUUGCUGAUUCCUCAGGGAGGGUGGACUCUCCUAGCCGUGGCCUGGUGACCAGCUCCCUCUGCAGUCCAUUUCCACCCCUGUCCCAAACCCCCCAAUCACAACCCUCCAGGCCUGGUACUUAUGAGAUGAGUGUGGCCACACAGUGCGAUCCAGAGGAGAUCAUCGUGCUCUCAGAUUCUGAUUAGCUGCCUCCCCCUCCUCCCUGCCUCCAAAAUGUUUUGGAAUAGUAUUUGGAGGAUGGUGGGAAGCAGACGACAGAGGAAGGGAUGGACUGAGCUAAACUCCUUUUGGUGGUUUCUUUUUUUUAAAAAAAAAAGGCUUAAGUUUUACACAGAAACAUUAAUAAACAAUAAAGUUCUUUUCUUAGUGU